CAUGCCCCGCACAAUCCCACCCCACUUGUGCACAUCAGCGAAAUUGCACGAGGGACGGCGUCGCGGGGGAGUUCCACCACCUGUGGGAGGAAUAUUUGGAUUUCGCUAUCGAUCACCGCGCCUGUCUCCGAGAGAGUUUCACCAAUUGUUAUAUCGACGAUCUGUUUGUAGUUUUUUUACUUAUCAACUUGGCUCCGGUUUUCUUUUAUCUCGACUCCGGGAGUAGUAGUGCGCUGAAUUUUUGUUGUGGUGGUGGUAGAGUAGGCGACCUGCGCGACUGGUAAUGGUCUGGUAUUUGUUAGGAUAAGAUAGCUGGUGUUUCCUGGACAGGGAAACCUUCUUCUGCUGCUCUGGAGUUUGAUUGGAAAGCAGGAAUUAGUGGUGUGCAGGCAUGUGAGGACUCUGAUGUUUGUGAAUGGUAUUGGUUGUCUUGCCGACCGAUCGUGUGAUUGAGAGAGGGUGUUGUCGGAGUUAGUGGAGUUUGAUAAAGAUGGGAGUCGAGCGUCGGAACAUGGAUCAGUAUCAAUCUUCCAGCGCCGUUGGCUAUGGGAUGCCGGACAGGAGUAAGAGCAAGGCGAUUUCGCGGUCUACUUCGUGGUUUGCGGAUCCUGAGGCUCAGCGGAGAAAGCGCGUGGCGAAGUACAAAAUAAUCACCAUGGAGGGCAAAGCGAAGCAGACGGUCAGAAGCAGCUUCCGGUGGCUCAAAGCUAAGUACAUCGCUGUUCGAUAUGGAGUGUGGUGAUAGCUUCCUUGCCAAUGAUCUUGCGAACUUUGAUUCCCUGGUUUAGAAGAAAUUAUCUCGAAUUUCGCGCAUAUGACUUGGGGAACCUCCGAAAUGAAUUUGCUUCAGUUCAGACCAGCUCUUUGAACGAGCUCGCACAAGCUCUGGGAGCUGAGCCAUGUGUUGAAGGCUUCAAACAGUGGCUGUUGAGGCGGAUGAAAAUCUCACGAGAAGAAAUAGGGUAAAGAAGAUUGUGAAUAGUGUGUGCUAUGCCAUUCGCGUGCAUGCGAGGAUAUGGCCUGUAGUGGAACUUGUAGUUAGGUUGUAAGUUGAUAUAUGUGCAACACAUGCUCAUCGCAUGGAGAAAUUAGUCCGGCCCAAGACAGAAUAGCGAGUAAUUGGUAUCCUAUCUUGAUCCCUUCAGUAGUGGCAGCUGGCCUGGUUUCAGCGCAUGAGACGUGUAGAUAUUAUUGAUGAAUGCGAUAUAACAGUGCUGAUUGCCGCUCGAUUGCUGGUUGAGACAAUAGGAGUGUGCAGCGAACUCGGUGUUUGUAGAAAUAAGGGUGGCUGUUUUUACCAACACUAGUACGGUGGUUUUGCCGCAGUCUGGAUUUUGUCAGGGCAGAUAUUGUACUGCAUGUCAUGAGAAGAAUUGGAAGUAGAGUAACAACGUAUUUAAUUACUGA